AUGAGAGGCUUUAGUAAUGAGAUAAUCCUGAAGAGAACGUUGACUUUAUCCGAUUUCACCUUACGUUACCAUAAAAGGGGCAUCACAGCUUUGCAGGUCAUCAAAGCACCGUCAGUUUCGAAUGUGCCAGUCUUGUUAUCCGGUGAUAACUACGGUUAUUUCGUUAUGUGGGACCUGGUGACCAAGAGACCGAUUACACAUAUAGAAAUCGAGGGCAACUCGCACAUUAUAGCGUUUUGGUGGGUGGAAACUACCAAUGUGCUGUACAUUCUUUCGAAAGACUCCAUGCUGCGAAUUUUUGAGCUUGAUUCAUCUACACAACUAUCUAUAGAUUUAGUUAGAAAGCUUAGCCAAGCCAAUAAAACGGAUCAUUUACAAUGGACUAAAAUCUAUGAAAUGCCCAUAAACACACUGAAUUUUGCGAAUUUCAUCAUCGAAGCUGAAGUGAAACCAACCAAAGAUAAUAAAAGUUAUAGAUUGGUUUGCUGUCAUACUGAUGAUUCGGAAACUAUCGAUAUAUAUCAGAUAAUAGAAGACUCCACAUUUAAAUUGAAAAGACCAUUCAAUAAUAUUAAUUUCCCCAGAUUCUUGAAGCAGCAGAAUUUUUUAGGAAUUUCGAAAGACUCCAAAUUCGGUAUCAUAAUGAGAUUUGCUAAAUUAAACGAUGUCAUAUUUUUAGGUUAUGAAAAUGGGUUUGUAGUCGGAUUUAAAAUUACUUUUGAUGAAGGCCUUCAAAGGGACAUUGCAGAACUGGUCCAUGUUUCUAACGAUCAUUAUCCGAAUCCAAUACUUGAUAUGUGUGUUAGCGGGGAUGAACUUUAUAGUUGUUCAACAGACGAUUUCAUAACCAAGUACAAAAUUCCAGUGAACUUACAACUUGAGACGAAAUACCUUAGAGAUGAUGCGCUUUUGAUAAAAUGCCCAAGCUCACUGAGAGUCAGUGAGCCAUCAAAAGUACAUCUUCCCUUGAAGAAUAUUGGUCAUAUUGAUAAAGUAAAAGACGAUUACUUAGUCGUGAGUAGUUGGUCAGGUAUGACCAUUGUUUAUAAUAUGCGGACUUCAGAAGUGGAGCAAACUUUUGUGAAAUCAAAGAACAACCUGGUCGUGAGUGAUAGCUCUAUGGGAGACCUAACAAACGGUAGCGGCUCAAAUACCGAAUCCAGCUCGAAAUCCCAUAACUAUAAAGUGGGAGCCAUGACAUGUUUGGAAUCGUUUGAUGUGCAGUCAGAUGGGUUGAGGUUAGGACAACUUAGACGUAUUAAAGCGCUGGCGAAAUGUAACUGGUGUUUAAUUGGAUAUGAAGAUGGUACCAUAAAGCUCAAUAAAAUAUAA